AUGUUGAGAUGUGGAGAUGUUGAGCCAGUAGAGCACAGCCGUGCUGAAGGACCAAAUGCCGAGGAGAGGAAAGAAGACAAUGGUGAAGAGGAGACUGCUGCCAAAGACGAAGGGGAUCUCGACGAACGUGAUGCCGAGGAAGUACCAGAGAGUGUUGUACGUCUGCGCGUCACACUCGCGGUAGUAGACGGCUCGUUCCCGCAUGGUGGAGGGUAG